GGAGCGAUGUUGUCAAAUGAAGGUUGUCCAGUGACUGUUGAAAUUAUAUCGGUACGACAUGGGGACAAUGUGGAUGUUGAACACGAUUACGGAGAUGAGAGAGACGAUGAAAUGACUUUUGAUACCUCCCAUGAAGGGGCUGAAUACGAAACAGUAAGAACUUCAACAUCCAGAAACAAGCCUAUAAUACACCACAACAAUAUUCCUUACUUAUUUCAUCAACUAAGCAAAAAUGGUUUGGUUAAAUUUUGGCGUUGUGAGGCUUUUAGCGGACCUGAGAUUAAAUGCAAAGCCCGUAUCCAUACGGAUUUGGACGAUUUGGUUAUUAAAGAAAUUGGAAGUCACAGUUGUGUGAAAGGAAAACGAAGUGCUGAAAAGUUUGGAACUCCUAAGGAUGAGGGUUCAACUUCAGUUGAUAGAACAUUGCGAAGUGCAACUAAGCCAAAAAAACGUUCUCGCCCUAAAGCAAACCUUCCACCUUCUGGUCCAGACGAUGUGAGAGGUUUGGAUAUUCCUAAUGGAUAUAAAAUUUAUGUGCGUCCAAAGGAAGGUGGGGCAGAAGGAGAAGUUGAGGAAGAACAAUUUUUGUUGGCUGAUUCAGGUGUUUAUGAAGAAAAUGGUGAUCAGAGGUUAUUUUUUUGUUAAGUUUGGUUUGGAUGCAAUAUUAAAGUGGGGGAUGUAUUUUUAAGUUAAUUAGGUGCCCAAAAUGUUUGUUUUUACAGGGCUUGGCACAGAGACGUCUUGGGUUUCAUUCUGCUUGUGUGUUAUUUUCUAGUUUUUUCUCUUCUGGGAUAUUUUCUGGAGUUAUUUUGAACUUUGACCAUCCCAGAAAUUUUUU